UAUUGAUUUUUUCUCUUUUUCACAAAAAAAUUUUUCAAAAAAAAAAAAAAAAAAGAAAAGUAAGAAAUAAUGGAAAAUUACACAUGUUCUCAUGUUGGGGAGGGAGAUAAUUCCGAGUUAAUUGAGAAAACAUUGCCACCUGGUCCUUGUACAAGUGACAUUUAUCGAACUUCCGGUCUGCCUCUGAGAUUCCUAUAUCCAAAAGUGUUUCAAGGGUAUCGACAAAGCGAUAAUUCUCUCCCACAUCCGUGCUAUCGAUGUACAUCCAUGGAUUAUGGUUGGUACGCACCCACUGUCCACACAGUGCCGGCAAAUUAUUAUCCUCGCAACAAUUUCUUCAGUAGUGAAUUAAGUCGGGCAGGAAUGUACCGUAAUCGCUCUCUCAACACCGAAUUGGAUAAGACACUCUUCUAAAUUGCAAUUUUUUU